UCUAGAAAGAUGGAGCACUCUCUAGAAUAGACAUGAGGGCGCUCCUGGAUCUCUGCCUAAAAGUCAGUUCUUCCCUGCAGACAACAAAUAGCCUUGGAGUUCUUCUGAAAACAUUUUGCACUAGUUGGGGAAGGCGUCUCUUGAGAAGCGGACUGCAUACUGUGCAACACGGUGUGGAUUAAAAUGGAGCGCAAUCUGGAGGCAGGACCCUCCCGGGGGCCCAGAACUAUAAGGCAGAUGGGAGGAAUGACUGGCCAGCGAUUUCAAAGGAAGAGGUGAUAAGAAGCUCUGGAUAUUUUUAAGGAGGCAAAAGUUGAAUCUUUUGACAUUUUAGGCCCGUGGUGGCAUCCACUGGUUUCAGGAUCGUGGUCGUCACAGCUGGUUCUCGGGAACAGAUGGGAAUUCAUUUACGCUAGCAGGCACGUGGGAAGGGUCCCAUGGAACCCCAGAAUAUCACAUGGAUGUCGGAGUUUAUUCUCUUAGGUUUCUCACAGACUCAAGAACUCCAGAAACUCCUGUUCGUGGCGUUCCUGUUUGUCUACGUCACCACUGUGGUAGGAAACACCCUUAUCAUGGUCACCGUGACCUUUGACCCCCGCCUGGACAUGCCUAUGUAUUUCCUGCUCCGAAACCUGGCGGUCAUAGACCUCAGUUAUUCCACUGUCACCUCCCCCAAGAUGCUGGCGGACUUCCUCUCUGAGAAGAAGACCAUCUCCUACCGGGGCUGCAUGGUCCAGAUCUUCUUCUUCCACCUCCUGGGAGGUGGCACUGUCUUCUUCCUCUCCGUGAUGGCCUAUGACCGCUACAUAGCCAUCUCCCGGCCCCUCCACUACGUCUCCAUCAUGAACACCAGGCUGUGCGUGGGGCUGAUUGUGGCUGCCUGGGUCGGCGGCUUUGCUCAUUCCAUUGUCCAGCUGUCUCUGAUGCUCCCACUGCCCUUCUGCGGCCCCAGUGUCCUGGAUAACUUCUACUGCGAUGUCCCCCAAGUGCUGAGGCUCGCCUGCACCGACACCUCCCUCCUGGAGUUCCUCAUGAUCUCCAACAGCGGGAUGCUGGUCCUCAUCUGGUUCCUCCUCCUUCUCGUCUCUUACACUGUCAUCCUGGUGAUGCUGAGGUCCCACUCGGGGCAGGCGAGGAGGAAGGCAGCUUCCACCUGCACCACCCAUAUCAUCGUGGUGUCUAUGAUCUUCAUCCCCUGCAUCUAUAUCUACUCCCGGCCCUUCACCCCCUUUCCUUUGGACAAAGCAGUCUCCAUCAGCUACACCGUCUUGACCCCCAUGCUCAACCCCAUGAUCUACACACUCAGGAACCAGGAGAUGCAGGCGGCCAUGAAGAGACUAGCAAAGCGCUUAGUGCUGAGUAAAAGGGAUGAGUUUUAAACAGGUCGGCUUUCAAUGGCAGCUUUCUCUGGACUUGUGCUGCCCUGGGAGAAAAGCAGAAGAAAGUCCUUAUUAUACGGAAUGACCAGGGUUGAGGGAAAGUUCAGUCAGGGGAGUGUUUUCCUUGAGAACAUGAAGGACUGACUUCCAUCCACAGAACUCGCUUGCAAAAAAACCCCCGGCCUAGCAAGUUCCUUCUUGUAAUUCCAAAGCUGGAGAGCUGGAGACAGAGGGACCCUGGGGAAUCCCUGGCCAGCCUUGGUAAUUUAAAGGACGCAGAGAGACACUGUCAAAAAAAAAAAAAAAAAAAGAA